AUGUCGAUGAAAAUAGGGCCUAUACGAAGGGCCUGGUACCAGUGGAAGACCUUACGCCUCCCCUGGAGGAAACGCUUCCUCGUAGGCCUCGAUCUUCAAGGAAACACGUAUUGGGAAUUCAGGCUUGGGGGCGGUGGCGCCGAUGCCGCCACUGCCUCGGGGCACAGAUAUAGGCGUAUCGUCGAGUAUCCCCAGUCAACCCACUAUAGCGACGUCGUCGUUUCGCCCCCGUGGCAUCAGUGGCUUCGGUACCAGCGCGAGAAGCCGCCGACCCAUAGCGAGCAAGCUGCCGAAGUGGCUCGCCAGGAGCGCAUCAAGGUGCUGGCUGCCGAGGCCGACGCCCGUUGGGCCGCCAAGCCGAGCUAUCUCUCCCCCCCGCAUCUUUCCGGAAAACCGAAUAUCGGCCACGCCGCGUCGCCGCUAGACACCGGCGAGACCCACCCCUGGGGACGGAAGCAAGAGCCGAUGGCGCCGGGGUCUCCGGCCCAGCACGAUCUGGAAGCGGAGACCCAAGCGACACCGACGAGCGACGCGCCACCGAAGAGUGCCCACGACCCUUGGAAGCACGCACAAGGUGCUCCUGGGGAGACAUGGCAGCCCGAAGCGUGGAGCCCGGCGUCGGCGAAGAAGCGGUGA